CGGUUACCAGUGUCGCAACCGAGUGGUCGACUUCAAAUCUUUUUCUUGUUUUCAUUUAAUUUACAUUUUGGUUUAAUUGAAAAACAAAACCCGUUACGGUUGAAUUUAUCAGUGGCUUUUCUCAAGUUCCCCAAAUCCUCUAAUCAUGGCUUUCAAAUCUGGUAAGGUAGAGACGGUGAGCAUCUCGGACGCAGGAUCGUCAAGUCCACCUAAUUGGUGCUUUUUCGGAUGGCUUCUGGGUUUGACUCAACUCUUGUUGCAUGGCGCCCUCGGCCUCGUCCUUUUCUGGGUCUUCCAAUAUCUUGGAGGAGUCGGAUGGCGCGAUCAACCCAAACUGCUGUUCAACUAUCAUCCAGUGCUCAUGGUCGGUGGAUUCGUCUACCUGUCUGGAAAUGCCCUAUUGUCGUACCGUUCGUUUGGUUGCUGUCGUCACAUUUAUAAGAAGCUCUUUCAUACGGUGUUCCACAUUCUGGCAGUGCCGGCCAUCGUCAUGGGCUUCCUCACCGUGUGGGACUCGCGUAACCUGAGUGUUCCACCAAUCGAAAACUUUUGGAGCCUGCACUCAUGGAUGGGUCUCACGACCAUGGGAUUAUUCGCCAUACAGGUAGCCAGGAUGUUGGUUGUUGGGUUCUUCAGUUUUCUGAUCCUGCUGUGCUGCGAGGCGAGGACGGCUGCUCUGAGGGCCGCUUUGGUACCGGUGCACGCCACUUUUGGACUCGUCACUUUCCUGAUGGCUAUCGCCACUUCCCUGACUGGGAUCACUGAAAAGGCCAUCAAUAGCCUGGGGGCGAAAUACAGGGAUUUGGGUGAUGAAGCCAUCGUAGUUAAUGUGCUCGCUGUCACCUUGCUGGCCCUGAUGGUAGUGAUGCCAGUGGUCCUGCUAUCAGAUAAAUUCCGCUCUCGCAACGUCCAAGUGGUUGCAGUUCACGGCAUCUAAAUUACAUUCAAAGAAACACGACAUCAUAUAUACCUCUCAUUUUAACACGUGGACAUUUUCUUUUUGCACUGUAAAACGGAUUACAAAUCAGGACACGAAAACCAAUUUUGCUUUUCAAAAAUGAUUUCGAUGGUAAUUUGGCAUGCAUGAAGAGGGCUCUUAAACUCAUUCUCAUAAAAUCUUUUCAAAAAUGGGUGUACCUGGUUCUCCCUUUUUUCAACAUUCAUUGCUCGAACUUGAAUUUGACUUCAGCUUUCCGCACACCAUAAUCUUUGUCUGCUACGGUAUCCAUAACAACGGUUUACUUGGCGCCUAAUAGCUCAAAGCGCCAAAAGUACUCACGAAUAUCCCGUUGGAUUAGCCUUUUCCAUAAUAAUUAUUGCGGUUGAGGAUUUUAUUCUCCAUUCCAUUGCCUUUUUUUUUACGAUUUCCUUCCUCUUUUCUUUAACCAAUUGGAAAUAACCUGCUUUCAAAAAAAUACAACAAAAAAUACAAAAAUGACAACCACUACAGAGACUGGUACACAGCAUUCCCACCUGAAGGAUUGGUUGUCAAUGUCUUGGGAGCUACAUUGAUGGGACUUGCAAUCCUAAUGCCGGUGCUGAUGCUUAUCCGAUGCCAACAACGAGGGCCCUCGUCCAUCUCAUCUCAUUCUAG